CCCAAAGUGCACACAUAGGGCCACUGCUUGCAAAGUUUCAUUUUCCUCCAGGCUACAUGCAGUGCAGCAGAGCAAAGAGCACUCCACUCCUGACGAUGAGGCCCCAGUUUGUCUGCACGCUCUCUGCCCUGCUCCUGCUGUUUCCGGGGAAAGCCAUGGGAGCAGCUCCAGAGAGAGGUGGUGGCCGCGGCAAGAGCAGCGAUGACAUCGUCGUGAGUUUCCUGGUCUGCCUGCUGCUGCUCCUUCUCCUCUUGCUGUUCCUGGCGUGGCGUCGGCUGAGCCGCAAUUCAGGAGGAAGGUACCACCCCCAGCGCCUGCUGAGGGGUCUGAUGCUCCGAUGGCAAGGGCUUUGGGGAGGGGAACUCCCUGAAGAGCCGUUACAGGGACACCGGGACGAGAAGCCGGGAGACGAAGAGUCCGGGGAGGAGCAACCCAUUGAUGUGGGGGAUGAGAGGGAGCAGCAGCAGCUCCUCCAAGGAGAAGAUGAGGAGGAGGAGGAGGAGGAGGAGGAGGAGGUGGAGGAAAAGCAAGAAGCGUCCAAGGAGAAAGCCGAUCCGGAGCCAGCAGAAGAUAAAGCAGUGCAGGAGGUCUCGGAGGAAGAAGGGGCCCCAAAGGCAACCGAGAGCAGUGCAGGGGCUCUCCUGAGUGAUCUGCAUUCUUUUUCUGGGACAGCAGCCUGGGAAGACCCAGGCAAACAGCUGCAUGUCACUGCCCUCUAGAAGUAGCAGCAUAGAGGGCACUGAAGCACUUGCUGCAAAGACAGCUACAGACUGAAGGCAGUUCACUGCCCCAUCCCAUGGACGUAGCAGAAGCUGCUUUUGCCCUGUGUUGUCUAUUGACCCCUUCCCGCUUGCACCUAGCUUGCUCGAUCGCCUGUCCCCGCCAAAAACGCAGCCUGAGUUUCCAUUUUGUUUCGAAAGUUUCCUAUGACAAAUAAAGUAGAGGGGUGAUAAGAGACACCUUAGCGGUCUCCUCGUGGACUGAA